AUGUUUAUUCGUAAUCAAAUCAAUUUUCCAUCAACAGAAGAUAUUCAACGUAGAUUCAUUGACUUCCCAAUUAAUGAAAUUAUUUCUUAUGUUGAUUAUUUGCCAGAGGCACAGGAAGGCCGAUGUCACAUUUACACAUAUCCAUAUUUUAUGCCGUAUUACGGUGGUAUUACAAAUAAUUUUCCAGAGUUAUCUGUGAUUAAUCGUAAAUCACAAAAUCGUAAACAAUCUUAUGAAUCAAACACUGGCAAUCAAAAUUUAUCUGUUAUUGAAUAUUCAUUUCUUGGUGCACUUGAUCUUCUCAAUGUUCAUGAUGAUUACAUAGAAGAAUUUCUAAUUAAUAGUAAAACAUGUUUUCCAAAUAAUGUUACUCUUUAUAUUCAUUAUAAGUCUUUACAGCGAGUAACACACAAUUUCACAAGUGAUACUACACGAAUUAAUUGUGGCAAAAUAGAUGAAUUACAAUUAUAUGCUGAAACCAAAUGUUCAAAUUCUUCUUUACAAGAAUAUUUUCCUUCUGCAAAAAUAAAGUAUCGAAUUUAA